GCUAUCAGCAUAACUACACGGCACUGAAUUUGAGGUCGCGCAGGUGCACGCCGCAGGCUGCCAGUGCUUCCACAAGUUGUUCUUAAUAGUUUUGUAGUUGACUCUUCUUCAUCUGUAGAGAAAUAUACUACUAACAUUUAAUGUACACAGAUAGCAUUUAGGCGAAAACUGCGACGGUGCCGACUCGGCCGCAGUUGUCGCAAGCAGACUUUCUGUGCCGAAACUGCUGGAAAUGUCACAACCUCUGACUCAGCAGGACUUCGCGAGCCUGCUCUCCUGUCUGCAAAAUGCACUAAACCAGAAUCCGGAAGUGCAGAAGCAAGCGGAGGCCUACAUCCAGUCGCUGGACAGCCGGGCGGGUUUCAGCUCAGCGCUCGCGGAAAUCGUCGGCAAUCGGGAGGCGGACCAUAGCGCACGCUACCUCGCAUCUGUGCACCUGAAGAACAGCAUCCACCGCAACUGGAAGAAGCGGGUUGGCACCUCCACCGGCAUCAGCCCAGAGGAGAAGGCGCACCUGCGCUCGCGGCUGUCGGGCCUGAUCCCCCAGGACGACAACCAGAUCGCGGUGCAGGUGGCGCUGGUGUACGCCAAGGUGGCCCGCUUCGACUACCCGGCCGACUGGCCCGGCCUGUUCGCCGACCUGCUGGCCAACGUGAACGGCGGCAGCGCGCUCACCGUGCGGCGUGUGUACCUGAUCCUGCACCACGUGCUCAAGGAGCUGUCCUCCAAGAGGCUGGUGGCGGAUCAGGCGCACUUCGCACAGGUGACGGAGCUGCUGUUCGGGCACGUGUGGGGCUGCUGGUGCGCCGACACACAGGCGCUGCUGGCGGGACUGCCGGCGGGGCUGGAAGCGGGGCCGGCGGCGGGCAGCGCGCAGGCGCAGGCGCUGCUGCAGAGCUGCGAGCGCUGGAUGCUGCUGCUCAAGAUCCUGCGGCGCCUCAUCCUGCACGGCUUCCCCUCCGACGCCAAGUCGCUGUCGCCCGUGCCCGCCGUGCACAGCUGCUGCCCGCACAUGGUGUCGGCGCUGCAGGGGCUGCUGGGCGUGCGGCCACGCGGCAAGCCGCUGCCGCGCUCCCACCUGCAGGCCAUGUUGGAGCGCGCCAUCCUCAAGCUGCUCAAGACGCUGUGUCAGGUGCUGGAGGCGCACCCCUGGUCCUUCCACGGCGCGGGCGUGCUGCUGCCCUCCAUGGAGCUGUGCGCCAACCAGCUGGUGGAGGCGGCGGCGGCGGCGGCGCCGCCGGAGCAGCCGGGACAGCAGGCGGCAGCCGGGGCAGGCAGCGCCGCCGCCUCCGCCGCCGCCGCGGCCAGCACGGAGCGGCGGCUGACGGCGUGCUGCGGGCUGCUCAUCGGCGUGAUGGGCAGCAAGAGCUACAAGGGGCAGGCGGGAGGCAGCCUGGAGCCGGGAUCGGGGCAGCCCAGGGACACCACCCGGUAUAAGGCAAUGGCGGCUGAGGUGCGCGCGGCGCUGGAGACGUUCUGGGCCGCGCCCUCCACCGCGGCAGUAGCAGCAGCAGGGGGGCCGGCGGCGGCAGUAGCAGCAGGCGCGGCGGCGGCGGGCGGCGGCGGCAGUAGCAACAGCCGUCUGAUUGCAUUGGCAGGGGCGCUGGUGAGCCGGCACAUGGUGUUGUCGCGUGCGGACCUGGAGCAAUGGCGGGAUGAGCCCGAGGAGUUCGCGCACACACACGGCAGCGGCAGCUGGCAGGACAGCCUGGCCCUGGCGGCGGAGCAGUUGUACCUGGUGCUGCUGCAGGCCUAUCGCGAGGUGCUGGGCCCCGCGGUGGCCAGCCUGCUGCCGGUGGUGGCGGCGGGGGCGCCGGCGGGCGUGCCCGCAGACAGCCUGCCGGGGGAGCGAGUGGCGGGAGUGCCGCUGGCGCUGCUGUACAAGGACGCUGUGUAUGCGGCGCUGGCGGCGGGCGCCUACGAGCUGCACGACUACCUGGACUUCAGGGCCUGGCUCACAGGCAGCCUCAUGCAGGAGCUGUCUGACGCCGGCGCCGCCAACAGGCCGCUGCGGCGGCGCAUUGGUCUGGUGGUGGCGGCCAAUGUGGACCGGGUGAAGGAGGACGACCCCAUCCGCCCCUCCCUGUACGGCUCCAUGCUGCAGCUGUUGUCGGAGCCCGACCCCGCCGUGUGCCUGUCGGGCCUGGGCGCGUUGACGGCGCUGCUGGGUGACUUCAACUUCCUGGAGGAGCCCUUCGCGCCGCUGCUGCCCGCCUGCCUGCAGCUGCUGCUCCAAGUGAUGGGCGGCAGCGCCGAGCUGGACACACAGAAGCAGGCGUUCGGGCUGCUCAACCUGGUCAUUGAGCGCUGCGGCGAGGCGCUGCGGCCGCACGUGGGCGCGCUGGCGGGAGCACUGCCGGCGCUGUGGGAGGCGGCGGCGGGGCAGAGCCUGCUGCGGAUACAGAUCCUGGAGGCCGUGCAGCGGCUGCUGAACCUGUCGGGGCCCGCCUCGCCGCAGCUACUGCCGGGGCUGGUGCUGCCGCUGCUGAGCUACAGCCUGGACCUGAGGCAGCCCGAGACCAGCGAGGGGCUGCUGGAGGACGGGCUGGCGCUGUGGCUGGUGGCGCUGAGGAACGCGCCCACAUGCUGCGAGCAGGACAUGGCGGCGGCGGCGGCGGCGGCAGGGCAAGGGGCGGACGGCGGUGCCAACGGCGGGAUAGCGCCCCUGGAGGGGCAGCCGCCGCCGCUGGUGCUGCGGCUGCUGCCGGGGCCGGGCCCCGCACAGGUUCUUGAGGCGCUCCUGAGUCCCUUCCCCGCCCUGGCCGCAAUCGCCGAGUCGUCCACGGAGCAGCUGCCAGUGGUGAUGUCCAUCUUGACCAGCGCCGCACUGCUGGCGGGUCCGGCGUUGUGGGCGGCGGCGGGCGGCCACGUCAUCAACGUGUUUAUGGCGGUCGUGGGCCACGUGUCGGAGCGCGGCAUGCUGCUGGUGUUCCCGGUGCUGGAGCACAUGCUGCAGGCGGCGCCCCAGGCGGCGGCGGCGGCGCUGCAGCCCGUGCUGCUGCGCCUGCUGGGGCUGCUGUUCGGCGGCAAGGAGAGCGGUCUGGUGGUGGCCAACGCGCUGCCGGUGUUGGGGCGGCUGCUGCUGGCGGCGCCGCAGCAGCUGGUGGCGCUGUGCGGCGCGGCGGCGGCGGACCCGGUGGUGGCGGCGGCGCUGGCGGCGCGGGGGCGGGAGGGCGUGCCGGCAGAGCUGGCCCCUGCGGAGGUGGUGCUGUGGCGGCUGCUGGAGCUGUGGGCGGAGGCCUUUGACGGGCUGGGCCAGGCCGGCGCGCGGCGGCUGUGCGGCCUGGCGCUGUGCCGCGGCCUGGCGCUGCCCAGCCGCGGCGUGCUGGGGCUGCUGGACGUGCUGUUGCCGCCCAUCACCGCCGUGUGGUUUGAGACGGAGGGUGGCGGCGGCGAGGACGGCGGCGGCGUGUGGCGCGGGGAGGCCCUGCCGCCCAGCUACGACUACUUCAGCGCGGGCAUGCGCGGCGGCGGCGAUGAGGGGCUGGACGAGGUGGUGGGGCCGGCGCUGGACAGCGAGGAGGCAGAGGGCGAGACGGCGCGGCGGGCGCUGCUGCGGGACGCGGACCCCGCCGCUGCGGUCACGGUGAGUGCCGCGCUGCGCUCGGGCCUGUGUGCGGCGGCGGCGCUGCACGGCGAGGCCACCCUCAACGCGGCGUUAAACGCACUGGACCCCACACUGGCGGCGGCGGUGCAGAAGGCAACGGCGGCGGCGGCGGCGGCGCCUGGGGCUGGAGCUGGGGCUGGAGCGGCGGGGGCUGGUGGGGGACAGGAUAGUAUGUAGGCGUGGACGGCAUCAGUCGUGUACGGCCACGUGCGUGGCGGUGUGCACGGCAAUUGGGAUGGUGCAAUGAAGAAAGCUGCGGGAGGGCUUGUUAGGAGCAUGUUAGGAGCUGCAGGCUCAGAUGAGGGGCGCGAGUGAGCUUAUGAGUUGCGGCGAGUGAGUUUGCAACGGCGUGUCAGGCGCCCUGGCUUGAUCCAGGUCACAACUAGUGGUCUGAAAGUGGAGACAUGAACAGGUCAGGGCAUGAAGCAUUGUGAUCCAUAGCUCCAUUGCGCAAAGGUAUGGCUACAAAUGGCACACGCGACAGGGCGAGCCGUGGCGAGCAGGGACCUACUUGUGCCCGAAAGCAACACGAACACAAUGCGCCAUGGCUUCGGCUCUUGCACUUCGCAACUGGAAUGUGCCUGUAAAACAUCAUUAUA